AUGGCAGACAAUAAAGAUGUGUCUCCAAAUCUGGAGAAGACUGUCAGCCGCCAUUCGGCAACUGCCCCUCCACCAGAAUUGUUAGCCAGUGAUGCGGAUGCGGAGCUUCUUGCCAAGCUUGGAUACAAGCAAGAACUCCGCCGAAAUUUCACCAUGAUCGAAGUCUUCGGCAUUGCAUUCUCUAUCAUGGGACUUCUGCCUUCAAUCGCUUCCACUCUUUCUUUCUCGAUCCCUGCAGGACCUGUCGGCAUGGUUUGGGGCUGGUUUCUAGCAUCGAUGUUUAUAUUUGUGGUCGGAGUGGCAAUGGCAGAUCUUGGUUCGGCAAUGCCAACAAGUGGAGGAUUAUAUUGGUGGACACACUUCUUCGCCUCACCUCGGACUCGCAAUGCAUUGAGUUUCUUGGUGGGCUAUUCAAACACGUUAGGCUUGGUUGGAGGUCUUUGCAGUAUUGAUUAUGGAUUUGCCUUGAUGUUUUGCUCUGUCAUUGUCAUAUCAAGAGAUGGAAAUUGGACACCCUCGAAUGGCGAUAUUAUGGGGAAGCUUCAGACCGUCUUCGUGGCCAUGAACCUUAUUUUGAUCGCAGCAACCAUCAUUGCGCUUCCAAUUGGAAAACAUCAACGUAAUGACGCACAUUACAUUUUUGCUCAAACGGAGAACCUCACCACAUGGCCAACAGGAUGGGCAUUCAUGCUUUCUUGGCUCAGUCCGAUUUGGACAAUCGGCGCAUUCGAUUCUUGUGUUCACAUGAGUGAAGAGGCUGCCAAUGCCGCGAAGGCGGUACCAUAUGGGAUUUUAAUGUCAAUUGGAUCGUGCUGGAUCUUGGGAUUUAUCAUCAUGAUCGUCCUCGCAGCAUGCAUCAAUCCAGAUCUCGAAGCUGUUCUAGGCUCAUCUUUUGGACAGCCUAUGGCGCAAAUAUAUUACGAUGCCAUCGGCAAACACGGAACUCUUGGAUUGAUGUCUCUUCUCAUGAUUGUCCAAUUCCUCAUGGGACUUUCGAUUUUGGUUGCUGCCUCUCGCCAAACUUGGGCCUUCUCUAGAGAUGGUGCUCUGCCAUUCUCCAGCUUCUUCAGAGUCAUCUCCCAGAAGAUGGGCUACAUCCCGCUUCGUUGUGUCUGGGGGUGUGUAUUUUGCGCCGCCAUUCUCGGACUCUUGUGUCUCAUUGCGCCAGCAGCUGCAUCGGCUUUAUUCUCUCUUGCCGUUGCAGGAAACAAUUUAGCUUGGGGAACACCAAUCUUUUGCCGUCUUGUCUGGGGUCAGCAUAAAUUCGUCCCUGGACCUUUUUACACUGGCGACAUGUUCUCUCGGCCGAUCGCGUGGCUAGCAAUUCUCUUCCUCGUCUUUGGCAUUAUCUUGGCAAUGUUCCCAGUGGGAGGUCCAGAUCCAACGCCACAGACCAUGAACUACACUGUAGUGAUUAAUAUGGCAGUUUGGGGAGGAGCCCUGGCAUAUUACUUUAUCGAUGCGAGAAAGUGGUUCACAGGACCGAAGAUUACACAGCAGGCCAUUGCAGAUGAAGGUCUGGAAGUUCAGAUCAAUGAUGGGCCUUCACCCGUUGAGUCCAAUGGAGGGGAUAUAGAAAAGAUGGCCGAGAAAUAG